AUGAAAGGUGGAACAGCUUAAUAAUAAAUCUUAGUGAUUGAUAAAAUAUAAAUAUUAUUGAAUAAGAUAUUUGCAUAUAGAAAUUUAGCAGAGAGAAGGAUAAGGAGUUUGUCCAAACAUUUUUAUAAGGUAAAAAUAUACAAAAAUUUAUAUCAGGUAGUAAGAUAUCAUAGAGAAUUUAGUUAUUCUACAAAUAAUGGGUGUGA